AUGCCCUCCACAAAAUCCACCAAUGGCAAUAGCCAUUUCCCUCAGAAGCUCAAGAACUUCUUUAGGAUCAACAGCAGCGACAAGGCCCUGAGCCCCGGCGACCAUUCAAACAGCCCCUUCAAGUCCGACAGCAAGUCCUCCUUCCGCCAGUCCAAGUUCUUCACCACCGUCGGUCGCCUGAGGAGCACCACGACCACUAGCGAAGGCCAUCCUCUCGACGAGGCCCUCAGUCCCACCGCCAACGCCAAUCCCUACUUUGCUCACCAGGGCCCGCCUGCCCUCCGCCAUCACAACGAGGGCUCCGUACCGCCAAGCCCUCCUGACACCCCAGAACUCAAGAUCGAUGGCCCCAAUGGCAGCCCUGCCGAACAGCCCACUGCUGCCACAAAGGAGGAGCUCGCGAGGAAAUUGAGGAGGGUUGCAAGCGCUCCUAAUGCCCAGGGCCUGUUCUCCAACGGCAAGGGCAGCAACGAGCGCCCUGCCACCGCAGAGCUCGGCAAGGAGCCGCUGAUCGUGAACAAAAGUGCAAGCACACUGGGCUUGGUGGAAACAAAAAACGGCAGUGAUGAGCUUUCCCUGGCCGUACCCGACACUGAUGGUCUUGGAUCUCUUCCUCCCCCCGGCCGGACACCCCUCGCCUUCAGGAGAACAUACAGUUCCAACUCUAUCAAGAUCCGCAAUGUCGAGGUCGGCCCCUCGAGUUUCGACAAGAUCAAGUUGAUUGGCAAGGGUGACGUCGGGAAGGUCUACCUCGUCAAGGAGAAGAAGAGCAGCAGACUGUAUGCCAUGAAAGUGUUGAGCAAGAAGGAGAUGAUCAAGCGCAACAAGAUUAAGAGAGCGCUUGCAGAGCAGGAGAUCCUCGCGACCAGCAAUCACCCCUUCAUUGUCACCCUUUAUCACUCCUUCCAGUCCGAGGACUACCUGUACCUGUGCAUGGAAUACUGCAGUGGUGGCGAGUUCUUCCGCGCUCUACAGACCCGGCCUGGAAAAUGCAUCCCCGAGGACGAUGCACGAUUCUAUGCUGCAGAGGUCACUGCUGCUCUGGAGUACCUUCACUUGAUGGGUUUUAUUUACCGAGAUUUGAAGCCAGAGAAUAUUCUUCUCCACCAAUCUGGCCACAUCAUGCUGUCUGACUUCGAUCUGUCGAAGCAGUCUGACCCUGGUGGAAAGCCGACCAUGAUCGUGGGCAAGAACGGAGCGAGCACGACAUCAUUACCUACGAUCGACACGAGGUCCUGCAUCGCCAACUUCAGGACCAACUCUUUCGUGGGGACAGAGGAAUACAUCGCGCCCGAGGUGAUCAAGGGGAGCGGUCACACCAGCGCCGUUGACUGGUGGACCUUGGGCAUCCUGAUUUACGAGAUGUUAUACGGCACAACCCCCUUCAAGGGUAAGAACCGAAAUGCGACGUUCGCAAACAUUCUCAGGGAAGACAUCCCAUUCCCAGACCACGCUGGAGCGCCCCAAAUAUCAAAUCUCUGCAAGUCUCUCAUACGCAAGCUGCUCAUCAAAGAUGAGAACCGCCGACUGGGUGCCCGCGCAGGAGCCUCAGAUAUCAAGGUGCAUCCCUUCUUCAGGACGACUCAAUGGGCUUUGAUCCGACACAUGAAGCCACCAAUUGUUCCCAAUCAGGGCCGUGCCCUCGAUACCAUCAACUUCCGCAACGUCAAGGAGAGUGAGAGUGUGGACAUUAGCGGCUCUAGACCCAUGCAGGGUGUGCCUCUCGACAGCGGCCUGGCGACGCCCGGUGUUGAAGGCGCUGAUCCUUUUGAGGAAUUCAACAGCGUGACGCUCCACCACGACGGCGACGAUCACAAUUCUGACACUGGAUACGACUCGUCACCUCAUUAA